AUGGAAUUGAUUCAAGAUAGAUCCCCAGGAUUGGAAAUUGCCUGGAUGUUAGCAACUUUAGGAAAUAAAGCAGCCAAGAAUAGGACGAGACGAGAAAUAAACAGUCUCUCUAUUCCCAAACUAUGUGAAGAACUACAUGAAGCCUAUUCCCAAUAUGGCAAUAUUAGAUACUCGUCAAACAUCCUUCAUGGAAUAAGUAUUAUUCAUAGACACAAAGUGAACUAUUUCUAUAAUGAUGUGUCUAUGGUAAGAGAUAGAUUGAGACAAACCAAUGCAUUUCGGAUCUUGAUGAAUACUACGAGCUGUUCAGACACGUUGGUACCCCUGAAAAGAACACAUCAUUUACAAGAUGUGAAUUUUAGAAUUGAUAUUGAUUUGAGUUACCCCUUGGAGGAUGAAGAAGAUAGGCUGGGGAAGAGAAGAAGAAUAAAACUUCAGAAUGACGAUUCCUGGGGGUUUACUGAAGCGAACUCUACAAGUGAAUUAACCCAACCAGAACAAAGUGAACAAGAAGCCAUCGAUCAAUUUAUUGGGAGAUUAGAAGCAGAUCAGUCUAUCGAAAUGGAUAUUGAUUUCAACUUAGAUGGAGGCAAUGGAGUUGAAGCUGACCCAGAAAGGGACCAACAGCCCGAGGCUGACACCGCGGUCCAAAACCUCAUUGAUGAUUUGAUUUUGCAAACUGUUGGCGAAGCCAACCAAGAAAAUCAACAAGAAGCUAGUAUUUCCAACGAUCCCAAUUUCCACUUGUCUACUAGCAACAAUUUCCAAACUAUUGAAGAAACUACGACAACAGUCCCCUAUCAAAAAAUGAAAGUUGACGAAGAAACAAUGUUGAGUCGUGCCCAAAUGAUCAAAGCUGUUGAAGAGUAUGAAACAAGAAUGGUGUCCAAGGAGAAUCAGAAAUCAGAUGAAGCUAAACGGUUAGAUGCUAUUAUCCAAGCUAUAAAUUUUGAUUUUUCUGCCUAUUCUGAUUAUGUACAUAGAAUGAUCUUCCAGAAUGAAUAUAGAAAUGGACGUCAACUCAGGAGGAAUUCCUUUUUAGAUAACACUUUACUUUCAAAUAAAGCAACCACUUUAAUGGAAGAGGAAUCUGAACUCGCAAGAAGAGCAUCGAGAGAAAAUCUUGAAGAUGAGCCACAGCUCAAUCUAGAUUUGAAUAAUUUUCAACAGGUAGAUAUCGAGGUACCUCGGUCACAAGAAGAUAUUUUCAAUAUUAGCUUUGGUGAUGCACUUAGAAACAGCAGCAGUAGUCGAGCUCCUACAGAAAGAACUGAUAUUUCUGCAUACAGUGACAACUCAACUACUGAGAAAACUACCUUUGGCCGUCAACUACGUAAGUUUUUCAAAUAUACCAAAGAUAGAGCACAAGUUUUGGGUGCGAAAUUCAUCCUGUCCGACUAUGGUCUCAACAAUUUACUGGAAGCAAGAGAAAUUUCAGGGUUGAAACUAAACAAGGAAUAUUCUCAGAUUCUUUUUUCAGAUUUGGUUCCUAAUAACACUAGUGCUAUGGAAUUAGACGAAGAACCAAUGAUCAGAAAACAUGCUGCCAAUUCAUUUUCCAAUAUUUUAAAUUUAGCUAGUAGGAAUUUGCUUGCAAUACAAAUCACACCUGCUGGUUCUUUCGACUUACUCCAGCCCAGUUCCAUUGAAAUCAUCGUUCAAGUUGAAGAUGAUACAACAGAUCAAUAA